AUGGCGAUGCAGAUGGCUCCGCGGCGCGGGCGGCCAGUGCGGGUGCUGGUGGACAUGGACGGCGUGCUGGCGGAUUUCGAGGCCGGCCUCCUGCGGGGCUUCCGCCGAAGCUUCCCCCAGGAGCCGCACGUGCCGCUGCAGGAGCGCCGCGGCUUCCUCGCCUGCGAGCAGUACCGAGCCCUGCGCCCGGACCUGGCGGACAAAGUGGCCAGUGUGUAUGAAGCCCCAGGCUUUUUUCUAGACUUGGAGCCCAUCCCUGGAGCCUUGGAAGCAAUGCGGGAGAUGAAUGACAUGCAGGACACCACCCUGUCUAACCGCCGCCCCCCCCCCCCCCCCCAUGGCCACUGUGUGCACGAGAAGUACCGCUGGGUGGAGAAGCACCUGGGGCCCCAGUUUGUGGAGCGCAUUAUCUUGACGAGGGACAAGACGGUGGUCUUGGGGGACCUGCUCAUUGAUGACAAGGACACCAUUCAAGGCCAAGAGGAGACCCCAAGCUGGGAGCACAUCUUGUUCACCUGCUGCCACAACCAGCACCUGGCCCUGCCCCCCCAACGGAGACGGCUGCUCUCCUGGAGGGACAACUGGAAGGAGAUUAUAGACAGCAAGCGGGAAGCUCUGCAGCGGGACCGAACCGGCCUGGGCCCGCCCCAGGAAUAA